UGUGUCGAGAAAUGACUCUGACUUCCGCGUCGCUGCUGUGUACAGUUGUGAUUGGAACAAUGGAUAUAUGACGGGUUAUUUAUCACUUACUACGGGAACGGGAUAUCGCAAACUUGUAUGUUCGUGUAUAUAGCUUAAAACUGGAGCACCGGCUGAAAGAUUUGAAUUAAAACAUUAAGAAAAUUAAGCUAGCCUUGCUGCUAGCCAGCUGGGCAGGAGAUCUGUCAAAGGCAGUUUUGAGGAAAAUGGAUAUCCUCUGCGACAUAGUUCAAGCUCUUUUUGCCUUGGCAGCUCUUGGUUUUAUUGUGGUUCUUUUGGUCGCACAUCUGACUGCAGAGAUGGUGAACCUGACACGGCAUGAGGAUGAAAAGUACUUUAUCACAGCCACAGGAGAGAGGAAACCCUUCCCAAGCCUGCAUGACCCAUUUUCCAGAGAGCUUACUGUAGUGGUACCCGCUUACAAUGAGGAACUCCGAAUGCCUGUGAUGCUUGAUGAAGCAAUGCAGUACUUGGAAAACAGACAAAAACAAAACUCUUCUUUCACCUAUGAGGUCAUUGUUGUUGAUGAUGGAAGCAAAGACAAAACCACCGAGGUUGCUUUGCAGUACACCAACAAAUACAGUGCAGAUAAAGUGAGGGUCCUGACGCUCGUGGAGAACAGGGGGAAAGGAGGAGCUGUACGAAUGGGAACUUUGAGCUCCAGAGGGAAACUCAUAUUGAUGGCAGAUGCUGAUGGAGCCACAAAGUUUGCAGACAUUGAAAAAGUGGAGGCUGGGCUUAAAGAAGUCAACGCUGGACCAGAGAACUUGGCCAUUUCCUGCGGUUCCAGAGCUCAUCUAGAAAAAGACUCUGUUGCUCAGCGAUCCGUGUUUCGUACAUUCCUCAUGUAUGGCUUCCACUUCCUGGUUUGGUUCUUCUGUGUGAGGGGAAUCAAAGACACACAGUGUGGCUUUAAGCUUUUCACACGAGAGGCUGCUCUCAAGACUUUCUCCUCUCUCCAUGUAGAGCGAUGGGCUUUUGAUGUGGAGCUCCUCUACAUUGCCCAGUGUUUUAAAAUCCCCAUAGCGGAAGUGGCAGUCAACUGGACUGAGAUAGAAGGGUCCAAACUGGUCCCAUUUUGGAGCUGGCUUCAGAUGGGUCGGGAUCUGAUUUUCAUCCGCCUGCGCUACAUCACUGGAGCCUGGAAGCUGCAAUCGCCACAUAAGACUGAUUAGCCAGUCGGACAAGUCGUCGUGUCAUAGAGACGAACUUUUAUAGGACCAUGGAGCCUUACAGCAAAGAAAGGAGCAUUCUGUGUCUGUGCUUCACCAUAAUCAUCAGGAAGAAAUAGUAAAUCCCUAAAAUCAGUUGUCUUUCCAAUGAAUAUUGGAAAGACGGUAAUGACCCAGCUGUUGGUUCCUGAUGGUUCUGCCUUUCUAUGUGGAUGCUGGCUUUUUGUGGCCACUGUUACACAUGCAUUUCUGUUGCCACAGCAAAAGGAAUGUCUGACUGAUCAUGUACUGAGGUCUGAGAUCAACAUGUGAGGAUUCUGUGUGAUUGUUAA